AAAAUAGGAACCUACGAGAUGCACGCGAAGGCAGCAUAGCUAAUAGUUAUUUUACAUUCCAAAAUGACGGACCCGACAACGUCGCCAGAGGAUCACUGGAAAACAGACGGCGCUUUCAGCGACAGUGGCUUUGACCCUAGUUUCUUUGCUGAAACUGCCAGAAAGGGUUCAGUUGUGUCCAGGGCCAACAGCAUUGGCUCAACAAGUGCCUCCUCAGUACCAAAUACAGAUGAUGAAGACAGUGACUACAGACAUGAGACAUCAUAUAAGGACUCGUAUAAAGAUCGACGGAGACAAGCACACACACAGGCUGAGCAGAAGCGUAGGGAUGCUAUUAAGAAAGGCUACGAUGACCUCCAGUCCAUAGUGCCAACGUGCCAGCAGCAGUCUGAAUUUGCAGUGGGAGCACAGAAGAUAAGCAAGGCUACUGUGCUGCAGAAAACAAUCGACUACAUCCAUUUUCUUCAUAAAGAAAAGAAGAAGCAGGAAGAGGAAGUUUCUCUACUAAGGAAAGAAGUGAUGGCGCUGAAAAUCAUGAAAACGAACUAUGAGCACAUAGUGAAGGCCCACCAGAACAACCCACAGCAAGGAGAGGAUCAGGUGUCUGACCAGGUCAAGUUCAACAUCUUUCAGAGCAUCAUGGACUCACUGUUCCAGUCUUUCAGCAAUUCUGUUUCAGUGAGCAGUUUCCAAGAACUCUCUGCCUGUGUAUUCAGCUGGAUUGAAGAGCACUGCAAGCCACAGACGCUGAGGGACUUUGUUGUUGGGGUGUUGCGGCAGCUCAAUGGUCAGCUUUACUGAUUGAGUGAAACCUCUGGACUUAACUCCCAGAAAUUGACUUUGAGCUUGCUCUGGCCUCUCAGGGUGGACGAAAAAACUUCAAUCAGCCUCAGGCCACACACCACAGUAUUUACACUCACUUCAGCUCAUCAGUGACUCUCCAGCUGCAGUUGUAUUACCUCAACCUCAUGGUAUGGGCAGAGAUGAGAAGUUGUAUUGGAUUGAGCGAUCACGUUUAAGAAGGAUCACUUUCUGAUUGUAAGUGUACGUACAUACAGACAGCUGAUUAUUUUUUCAGCCUCUGCUGACUGUUCAUACUUCUUACUGUUGUUCUGCUAAGAAAAGCAGGGGAAACUCAACAGUUUGCAAGUGAAUGUAUAUGUGAAAUGCAUCCGGUAGACAAGAUAGUGUAGUGUGCAUCUAGUUGUAGUCACAGGAGUUGCCCUUGUUGAGAUGAAUCCAAUCCAAGACUCCUCUCACAGAUUGAGGUAAUUGGCUGUAUUGCUUCUGCAAUCUAUCAACCUAAUUAACAGAAAUAGAGAAAAGGGUGAUGAAAAAUGUAAAAACUCAUGAGCCCACACCCUCCCCCGUUGCAUCAAGCAUAUAUUUGCAGCCUUAUGCUGAUCCAAAGGGCUACACUCAGCUUCAGUACACAAACAUAAUGAGUCAGCCAUACCACUUCUGACAAUGUUAAAUACUCCACUACUAUACUACUGCAGGGUAACUGUAAUUUAUCUUAAAUGUGCAAUCAGGAACACGCUCUGUGGCGCGUCAGCAUUUUAUUGCUUUGGUUUAAAAACAGACUCCUCCACCUUAGUUUUAGAAGACAUGAGGUUGUCAUUAAUGCAGUUAUGACAAGCUGUCAGAAAUGUUGAAAUAUCAUGGUGACUGGUGUGCAAUGUAAGCAGCAUUAAGAUUCAUGGAUUACUAUUAAUAUAUGCUGACUAUUUACAAUAAUUAAGCUUUACCGCACAUUGUGAAGAGAUUGUUUAAAUACAGGCAGUUAUUCAGUUGCUGUUAUACAUGUGAUGUGUUCAUGAUGUGUUCGGAGAUGAUGUGAAAUACAAAGUGUUGAUUCUGAUGAACCUUUCAGAUUGCAGUUUACCAUACAAUAAGCUUUUCUAAAUCAAAUGACAUAAAAUGUCAUCUCUUUAAAGGUCCAGUGUGUAUUGUCAGAAAUUGAAGUUAAUGUAAUACAUAUGUUUUCAUUAGUUUAUAAUCACCUGAAAAUGACAAUUGAUGUUUUUUUUAUUACCUUAGAAUGAGCCGUUUAUAUCUAUGUACUGAAUGGGUCCUCUUCCAUGGAGUUCACCAUGUCGUUUCCACAGUAGCCCAGAUUGGACAAACCAAACAUUGGCUCUAGAUAGGGCAAUUCGUGUUUUGAUAUUGGCCAUAGUAUUUCUCCUACACACUUGGCAAACAGGAGAAGUUUCAGUUGGUCGCAAUCUGCAACCUCGGGCAUCAGAUGCCACUAAAUCCUACACACUAGACCUUUAAAUUUCGGUGGUUUUAAUGCCAACAUGACAAACGCGUUGGUUGUCAGUGACUUUUACGAUCAGUAACAGUUCAUUCCAAACAGUGAAAUAGUAAACACCACUUGUGAAUGUCCAACACCGCUAAAUGGAAAAUGUUCUAAUUGUUCAGGGCUGAUCUUUUUUUUUGAAAACCGUCACUGUACCCACCACUGGUCACGGGUCCCUGGUGAGAGAUUUACAGCUGCUGUACUGAAUUAAAGAGGUUUUCAUUCUUA